AGCCAUAAAUCGCCACCACCCUUUUGUUUCCUCCGCUUGUUCCUCGUGUGGUUCCCAGAGGGUGCCCAACUUUAGAACACUCUGUUCACGAGUCGCGCUGGAUGAAUAUUGAUGGAAUUAUUGAUCGGAGGGGUGCACUUUGGGACAGAAUCGGGCUGGGCAUUUUGCGGACAUCAUCUGUAGUUGAGAACUAACACCAAGCAUGGCCCUUCCUAGCCAUUGGUUGUUCUCCAUUCUCGCUGGAGUCACGCUCACGUGUGCUGAUAAUCAUCAUACCUACGCAACGCACGCUCAUGCUUAGCCAUAUGCCAGCUGAUUUCGGGAGCGAGGAAAUCCCGACUGCUAGAACGAGCGGUUACGCAUCAUCUCGACCACUGCGGUAGGCGUCAAGAAGCCGCUCAGCCGUUCAUCCGAAUGAAAUCGCUGACAAUCGCCGCUCAGUCGAAUGGCGGAUUGAGUUGAGAGAGAGAAAAAGAGAGACUCGCUCCGAUUCUCCUCAGCGAAACAAUUGCGUAGGUCGGAUAUUCCAAUUUCGUUGCAUUCCGCCUCUAAGUUCCGUCGUGUGAUCAUCAUUUUCAUAGCGUACUGUACUGCACGGUCCCCCUAGCAGGAAGCGUGCUAGCUGUAUUAUAGCUGCGGCGACGCGUUAGGCUAAGGACUGAGGUUUAACCGCAUUGUAAGGGCGCAUUGACUGAAAGAAAGCGACGCAUAACCUCAAAGAACCGCUGCGUACACCUCGCAAUUCAAAGAGCGCGUUGCUCAAAGCUAGGGACUUAGCAAUAUUUCCCGCAUAACGGCUGAGUGGGAGAACGACCCUCGCCACGACCCCCGGAACGAUGUUCAACCGCGGAAGGAAGAUCGUGACUAAGGCGGCGGUUGCGGCAGACGCUCAGCUGCAUCAGCGGUUCGAGGAGCGGGAGAGAGGGAGGGAGAAGCACGGCCGGCCGACGGAAUGGGACUGGCUGACGACCGUCGUGCAACAGAACCGCGUCGCGCAGCGGAAGCUGCAAGCCAUUUCGGGGGGAAACGGAGACCUGGGGGAAGGUUGCGGGGAGGAGCAACCCUUCCCGCCCGCGCACGCACCUCCCCCCCAAGCAACAGCAGGCGGAGAAGCGGAGGCGGGGGGGGUGCAGUCGUACACGCAGCACGCUCAACGGCCAGGAUUCAUUCAAUCGCACGGAUCUCUUUUGUUCCUGGAAGAGCGGAGCUACAGGAUUCUGGGGAUAGCGGAUAAUAUCUUCGAGUUUUUCGACGAGCCUGUGGCGUGGGCGGCGCAGGGGGAAGGGGAGGCGGAGGGGGAGGGGGGGAACGAGACUGGGGAAGGGGAGGGGGUAGUGGGAAGGGAGCGAGAAGGGGGGCGGGAAGGUGGGGAUGGGGAGAGGAAGGCGGAAAAGGAGAGGGGCGAGGGGAGUGGGGAGAGGGGAAGGGAAGAGGCGGAAGGAGGGGGGGAGGGAGGGAAGAUAAGGAGCCUGCUGGGUCAACCCUGUAACUGUUUAAUGACUGAACAAACCUUCGCGUGCUUGGUGGCGGCCUGUGAGAGCUCGGACCCGCAGCUCUCCAACCCCAUUCUGGUCAAGACGGUCAGACGAGGUCGUCCGCUGUACGCCAUAGUGCACCGCAACGGGGAGGGCUUCGUGGUGGAUAUAGAGCCGUGCAUAGGAGGGGAGAAGUGGGCAAAGAAGUGGAGGAAGGCGGGAGGAAGGGCGGCGAAUGGGAGUGGGGCCAAUGGCAAGGUUGGAGGUGCGAGUGUGGCACAGGGAAAGCCAAGUGGCGGCCCUGCGAAGACGCUUGGAAAGGGUGGGGAAUUGAGGGAUGGAGCAGUGAAGGAUGGAGCUAUGAAUGGGUAUGCUGUUCAGGGUACCACCGACCACGAGAGUUAUCGGAGGGAAGGGGUUGAAGGGGACGAAAGGGAGGAAGGGGAUAGAGCGGAGGGACAGAAACCCAAGGAGCGAAAAGAGGAAGAGAAGGAGGAGGUGGAGGAUGCGGAGAAGGAAGCGGAGGAGGAGGAGGAGGAGGAGGAGGAGGAGGAGGAGGAGGAGGAGGAGGAGGAGGAGGAGGAGGGGGAGGAGGAAGAGGAGGAGGAGGAGGAGGAGGAGGUGGAUAUGUCAAUGCUGGACUGGUCUGCUCUUGAUAAGCACGAGAGGACGAGCGCGAGCAUUGCCAAGCUGCAGGACAUAGACGAUGACAUGCCCCGGCUGUUCAACACACUCGUUCAGGAGCUGCGGGAAUUGACUGGCUAUGACCGCGUGCUGCUGUACCGCUUCCAUGAGGACCUGCACGGGGAGGUGAUUGCAGAGGCCAAGUCGGAGAGACAAGCGUCGCUGCUGGGACUGCACUACCCCGCCACCGACUGCCCUCAGAUCAGCCGCACGAUGUUUGUGGAUGCACGGCUGAGAUUGAUCGCAGAAGCGGCGGCGCCCGACGUGCAUAUUAUCCAGCACCCCUCCCUUGGCCAGAACAUCGACCUCUCCAAGUCAACUCUCAAGGGCGUGGCAAGCUGUCACAAGGAGUACUGUGCCAACAUUGGCAUCGGGGGGUCGCUGAUCUUGGCCAUUGUGGUAACCACCCGCGGCCCUCAGAGCACCAACGUGCGCAAGCUCUGGGGCCUGGUGGUGUGCCACCACAUGUCCGAGCGCUUCCUGUCAUACCCCCAGCGAUACGCCUGCGACUUCCUCGUGCAGGCUUUCGCCCUACAGCUGGCCAUGGAGAUAGAGGCGUCGGAGCAUGCAGCGGAGCGGCGCACGAUGCAGAUGCAGGCGAUCCUGUGCGGCAUGCUGUCCCGAGACGUGCCCUUGGGGCUGGUGCGGCAGAGCCCCAACAUCAAAGACCUGGUGCCAUCCGACGGGGCAGUCUUGCUGCAUGCAGGCAAGGCGUGGUGGGUGGGAGCGUGCCCCUCGGAGGCCGACAUCAAGGAGAUAGCGAGGUGGCUGCGCCUCAAAGGCACCUCGUUAUUGGAACACACCGUCUUCGUCACUCAUUCCCUUGAGGACGCUGGCCUCCCUUUUGCCUCUCGCCUCGCCCCUGGGGUCUGUGGGCUGGCUGCUGCCAUGGUGUCCAGCCGGGGGGACUUCCUCAUGUGGUUCCGAUCAGGUAUAGAGCGGAAUAUCACGUGGGCGGGGCACAAGGACAGCCACACAGUGAAGGAGGGCGCCACCAUGCAUCCCCGCAACUCGUUCGCCGCUUACCUGGAAGUGGUGAAGCUGCAGAGCCAGCCGUGGACCGACGCUGAGGUGGACGCCAUGCAAGGCCUCAGGCUCAUAGUGAAGGACUCGCUGCCCCACCCUGAGCCUCAAGACCUGAAGCUGAAGAUCCAGGCGCAACUCAAUUCCGAACGACUAACCAUCCAGUCUCAACUCAAGGAGGUGGCUCGCUCCCUGGAUAACCAGCUCGAGUCCGCCCACACACCCAUCAUUGGCGUCACCAGCGACGGCACGGUCACCGAGUGGAACAGCCGGGCGGCCCUUAUCACCCGCCGCCCAAAGGUUGAUGUGCUGGGGGCCAACUUCUUUGCUGCGGUGCUCGCUCCGGAGUCGCACGCACACUUCCUGGCGGCGAUGGAGGUGCUGGCUGAAGGGGAGGACGUUCAGCCGUUCGACGUGGCUCUGCUGGCGAGAUCUGCUCAUUCUGCUGCUGGGGAUGGCGCUGGUGGUGGUGCCGGUGCUGCUGGGACAGGGACAGGAGGAGGAGGGGGGUCGGGGGAGUUGGAUCGCCUGGUGCAUGUGCUGGUGAGCGUGUAUGGGCAGCACGACCGCCACGGCAACCUGCUGAGCGUGCGGCUGAUGGGGCAAGACAUCACAGCGCUCAAAGUGCUGGCAGGCGAGUACAAGAUGCCCGAGGCAGAGGCACGGGCAGCUGUGGACCAAUCAGAUCUCUUGGUUUUCACAGUGGACGAGUGCGGGCGGGUGACCGAAUGGAAUGCUGCCAUGGAGCAAUGCAGCGGGCUGCCCCGAGAAAAAGUCGUGGGGAGGCGGCUUGUGGGGGAGGUGCUUAGCAGCAACCCCAUGCUGCUGAUUCCUGAUCAGGACAACCUGGUGAUGUUCGAGAUAGCUCUGUGCCAGGCACUAAACGGGCGCGACACGAGGAACCACGAGCUGCAGCUGAAGACGUGGGACGGCAGGCCCAUGGACACGCUCCUGCACAUCAUCAGCAGGCGGUCUCCCAACGGAGAGCCGACGGGAGCCACUUGUUUCAUGCAGGACGUGGUGGAGAGGCGAGCAGCGGAGAACGCGUCGGCAAUGAAGAUGGUGGCAGAGGCGGCCAGCCAGGCCAAGACCAUGCAGCUGGCGUGCUUGUGCCACGAGAUCCGCAACCCCCUCAACGGCAUCCUGUCGUCCAUCAGCUUUAUGGAGGGCACGGAGAUGUCGUCCGACCAGAGAGACCUGCUGCUCGCCACCUCUGCUUGCGGGAAAUACCUGCGGCGUGUGGUGGACAACGUACUGGAUCUCAGCAAGCUAGAGGAGGGCAAGCUGGAGGUGGAGAGCGAGCCCUUCGAGCUAAUACACGUGGUCGAUGCCGUAAUAGCACAGGAGCACGAGAAUGCUGGGGACAAGGGCUUACAGGUAUUUUGCUCCGUCGACUCGCGGUGCGCCGAUGCGAUUGUAAAGGGCGACAAGCACCGCGUGCAGCAGAUAGUCGCAAAUUUCUUCCGAAACGCCGUGGAGUAUACAGAGCGAGGGUGGGUGGAGGUACAGCUCUAUAAAGGGGGUAACGAGGCGCCUUGUAACGAGUACAGCGGGAAAGCAGGGGGGUACGGUGAUGGAGGGGUUCUUGCAGGGAGGCUGGUGCACGGGCAGCCGACCAGGCAGCCGACCGGGCAGCACCGAAACCUUCCGGGAGACCCGGAGGAGGAGAUGUUUCCAUUUGUGCUGUGUGUGGCGGAUUCGGGCCCGGGAUUGAGUGAGGAGCAGCAGCGCAACGUGUUUACUGGCAUGGACUCCAGUCUGGACAGCGGACCCGCCCUCUCCAGAGCUGCUUCUGACGCUGAGUCACGCUCCUCUGUCCCGGCAGGGUCGGGCCUAGGCCUUAUAGUCAGCCAGAAGCUAGCAUCUCUCAUGAGCGGCUCGGUCUCCUGCGACUCUGCCCCCUCCCAAGGCUCCUCCUUCCGCCUCUCCCUCUCGCUCCCCUUUGCCGGCCGUUCCACCCACGCUGACUCUGCUGAUGCUGCUGCUGACGUGGCAGCGGGCCAUGCCAGCCUGGCGCCAGGUGGCAUGAUGAGCUGUUAUUUGAGCAACAGGGUGAAAGGGGUUGUGUAUACGUCGGUGGGGGUGUGGAGCAGUGCUGAGGAGUUAGCAGCUGCACCAGUUGUACCUCCCUCUCUCUCUCGUAGCCUCACUGCCCCUCAGCCUGCAACUGCUGCUGGUGCUGCUGGUGCUAAUAGUGUAGCUGGUGUUACUGGGAGGGUGCAGGCUGGUAUAGGUGCACCCGGAGCAGGCUUAUCUGGAGCAGGCUUAUCUGCAGCAGCAGCACAGGUGACCUCUGGAAUGGCAGGCAUGGCUCUUACCGGUGCGCACUCACAUGGUCGUUCCGCUGGGGGAACUGCUGGUGGUGCAGCCGCUGUGGCUCCUGGUGCAAUUCCAAGGGGUGAGCCUUCUAGAGCAGUGAACGGUUACAGUGGUGACGAUGCACGCACCAGCACUGCUUUCGGCAGCUCGACCGCCUAUUAUGAUGACUCUCUCACCUCUUCUGCUGCUGCUGUUUCUGGGUCUGUCCAUUCUGCUCCACGUGCUGCUGCUGGUGCUGCUGCUGGUCCAAGCACUAAUGCCACUGCGUCAGCACUACCAGAGGUAGAUGGAGAGCGAGCAGGACGAGGGGGCGGAGGAGAAAACAUCCGGGUGUUCUCGAGGUUGGAGAGUCAUGGAUCAGAAGAGGGAUCGCUGCAUGCUGCUGUGGAGGAGGCUGAAGUGGACGCUGCUGCGCUGGCAGCGAUUGCUGAGCUGGAGGCAGCGUAUGGUGGCAGGGUGAUGGUGCAAGUCUUGAGAGAGGUGGUGGACUUCCGGGAAGUUGCGGUUCUGGUGGAAGUGGGUGUGACAAAGGAAAUGGCUGACAAUAUGGGGAUGCAGAACAGUGAUGUGACUAUAGUGAGUACUCAGCAGUGGGGUUCGGCUCUAAGGCUUGGUCCACUAGCCGAUGCAUUGCGUAGUGCUACAAAGGCGGCGGUUGUAGCGGCCAACCGGACUCUUGUGGCAGCACAGGCUCGAGGUGGAGGCGUGCACCGUCAAGUGGUGUGCUAAGGACACUGAAAUGUGCAAUAUGUAUAGACUAGGCGUUAUUUUAAUCAGAUGUCUCUUUGUCGUUGUGCAUUUACUUCGAAAGCACUUUCAGAUUGAUGUACCUUCUUCUUUUUGAGUUAUCUACUGACG